AUGGGCUCCAAGCUGCGGACUUGGAGGCACGAUCUUAAAAAAAUUUGUGCCAUUACCGAGGAAGAUACUCCAGACACUAUUCGGGCAAGACUGGGGGGACAGACGCUAGGCGAGUACAAUGCCAUCGACUUGGAUAUAUUAUUGGAGAGAUGGUGUACCCAGGAGAAUAGGGAGUAUACGGCGAAAAUGAAGAGAUUGCGAGCAUUAAAUGAUUCACCACAUUGCACCGGAUCAAAGAGUUAUGCCAGGUUGACACAUGAGGAGGCCGAACGUUUGGGCCAUCAACCUACUCGUGCACAAAAUUAUGUCCGUUCACACACGAAGAAGAACGGUUCAUAUUCGAAUGAUAUUGUGAAGGAGAGAUGUGAACGGAUGAAGGAGCUUAUACCUACCGACCUUGCAGCAUCGUCUAGCAUCACAAAGGGAACGAUCAAGUGGGCGCCAAACGACGCAUUUGCCCAAGCAAUUGGAAAUAAGCCUGAGUAUGCCGGUAGGUUCGGAUGGCUGGACCAAAUAUUCUGCCUGUGCAAGGGACCAUACGCUCAUACUAUACACAGUCACAGGCACGGUCAGAAAACGCCAAGCACUCCACGAUAUCACAAGACACACUUGAUAGAGCGCUUGAGGCGGAGAGGGCGAAGCACAAGGAAGAGAUAG